AUGGACCAAAAGAUCGAUUCGCCGCUGGAUCUUAGCGAUGACGCAGGCACUGUAUCCACAGGACCUCCAGUGAACGAGAAGGCUCUGUUACGCAAGUUAGAUUUGCGACUUCUGCCAGCUGUUGGGGUAUUGUAUCUUCUUUCAUUCUUAGAUCGCAGCAAUGUUGGAAAUGCUCGCAUCGAAGGGAUGAUUGAUGAUCUGCAUAUGUCUGGUAAUGAGUACCUGACUGGAUUGACUCUUUACUUUAUUGGCUACGUUAUCUUUGAAAUCCCAUGCAAUAUCAUCCUCAAACGAACAACCCCUCGACUAUGGCUUCCCACACUUACAGUUGCCUGGGGGAUUGUGGCAACGUUACUUGGUAUUGUACAGAAUAAAACUGGUUUCUUUAUCGCUCGGUUCUUCCUUGGUGUUACAGAAAGCGGUCUAUUUCCUGGUGUCGUAUAUUAUUUUUCAAUGUGGUACAAGCGGCGAGAGAGACAGUUUCGUAUCUCGCUAUUCUUUAGCGCAGCUUCACUUGCUGGAGCUUUUGGUGGUAUAUUGGCAUAUGGCAUAGGAAAGAUGUCAGGUAUCGUUUGGGAGAAUGGGUGGCGUUGGAUCUUUAUUCUGGAAGGUAUCGCCACGGUCGUAGUGGCGAUCGCGGCAUAUUGGUUCAUCGAGAAUUAUCCCGAUACAUCCAAUUUUCUCACCGAUGGCGAACAGUCUUUCAUUCAUGAACGUCUACACGCAGAUAGUGACGCGAUUCGUAAAGAGAGGUUUAGUUGGGCUGCUGUCCGAGAAGCGUUCGGAGAUCCAAGCUGCUGGCUUUAUGGGCUAGGGUUUCAUACCAUGAGCUUACCACUUUAUACUCUCUCUUUGUUUCUGCCCACGAUUAUCAAGGAUCUUGGGUAUACAGCAGCAGUGGCCCAGCUCUUAACAAUCCCGCCUUAUGCUGUUGCCUUCGUCACUACCCUUGGUGUUGCUAUAGCCUCGGAAAAGCUCGCCAAACGUGCGGUUUUUAUCGCUGGUUCCUCAGCCGUUGCCGCCAUUGGAUACAUAAUCCUCCUCGCCAAUACCAAUCCCACUGCCAGGCCCGGAGUCUCCUACAUGGGGACAUUCUUUGCCGCAGCUGGAAUUUACCCUGGCACAGCCUUGGUACUCAGCUGGCCAGCUAUCAAUGUCUCCGGGCAAACCAAGCGUGCCAUUGCCAACGCUAUGCAGAUCAGUAUUGGCAAUCUUGGUGCGGUAAUGGGGACGCAGCUAUACAGGUCAGGUGAUGGCCCACGAUUUGUGGUCGGUCACUCUAUGGCUCUGGCAUACCUAAUCGCGAAUGUCAUUGUGGUGAGUAUCUUGGGGUGGCGAUUGAAGAAGCAGAACCAGAGUCGGGAGGCUGUCAGUGAAGAGAUUAAGCAUGUUGGCAAUGUUGAAGAUUGGAAGGGUGAUUCGGAUUCCAGAUGGAGGUUUGAGUACUGA